AGACAACUAAUGUCAUUAGGGCGAGAUAGAUACUCAUUACCGCGUACUUAUAAACGGGUUUCACAUGCGAAGGACAAAGCGAGACCGGAGCUGAGAAAGUUCGGAUGGGAGACUCUGGGAUACUCGGAAAGCUUUAAUCUGCCUCCAUUUAGGGAUAGUAUUCAAAGAGUUGAUGGGAAUAAUCUUACCGUGGAGGAGUUCCGCCGAGAUUUCGAAAGACCGAGAAUCCCAGUUAUUAUCACUGGAUUGACUGAUAAUUGGGCAGCUAAAGACAAGUGGACGGUUGAGCGCCUGUCGAAAAAGUACCGUAACCAAAACUUCAAAUGCGGAGAGGACGACAAUGGCAACUCGGUGAGAAUGAAAAUGAAGUACUACCAUGACUACAUGCUCAACAAUAAAGACGACUCACCGCUCUACAUUUUUGAUAGCAGUUUUGCAGAGAGACGAAAGACGAAAAAGUUAUCGGAAGACUAUUCGGUUCCAAAGUUCUUCGAAGACGAUCUCUUCCACUAUGCGGAUGAUAAGAAGAGACCUCCACAUCGAUGGUUUGUGAUGGGACCAGCUCGUUCUGGAACUGCAAUUCACAUUGAUCCACUCGGGACAAGUGCAUGGAAUUCGUUGCUUCAAGGUCACAAACGAUGGGUUCUGAUUCCUCCGAUUGCACCACGUGAUCUUGUGAAACCGAUGGCUCAUGAGAAGGGAAAACAUCCGGAUGAAGGAAUCACGUGGUUUCAGACGGUCUAUAAACGAGUUCGAAGUCCCAGUUGGCCGAAGGAAUACGCACCGAUUGAAUGUCGUCAAGGACCGGGAGAGACUAUGUUUGUACCGUCUGGAUGGUGGCAUGUUGUUAUCAAUGAGGAAUACACAAUUGCAGUGACUCACAACUAUUGCUCUGUCGAGAAUUUGCAUCUUGUAUGGCCGAAAACUGUGAAGGGAAGGCCCAAGUUGAGCAAGCAUUGGGUCAAAAGGCUCACAGAGCAACGUCCCGAGCUUCUCGAAAUUAUCAAAUCGGCUUCUGAAAUCCCGCUCUAUGAUAUGAACGAGUCUUCAAGUGAUUCUUCAAGCUCUUCCUCAUCAUCUGACGAUUCUUCUGAUGAAUCUGAUUGUGAUGAUAGUGGGCGAUGUGGUGGACGAAAACGGAAGAACGACGAUCGAUCGAAUGAGUGUCCGGAGAAAAUGAGCACUACUUAUUUUCAGAACUCGCUAGUUUAAGCUUUUAAAAAAAUUAAAUUCCAAAUUUCCUAACCGUUGUUAUAUUAUUUUACAUUUGUUUCAUCUCUGUUCUAUGAACACACAUUUAUUUGGAAUAUUCAGAUUUAAACACGAAUUAAACUUGUUCGAAUUUG